AUGGAUGCUGUCAGGGAAGAUCUGACAGAACUUCGCCUCAAGUAUACCGGGUUGCUACAGUCUAUAGAGAUACCCAAGGAGGAAAUUGACCUUGCCCAGUCGAUAUGGACCUGGAUCAUCUUGGCUCGUCGCUCACUGACCCUCAAAGAGCUGCGCAGCGCUGUCGAGCUUGACCUAGGAAACGAGCUUGACCUAGGAACGAAACACCUGAGCCUGCGAAAAGCAAUCCCCAGAUUCUGCAAAGACCUCGUCACCAUUGACAACAAUCGGGUCAAUGUAGUACAUGAGGAGAUUCGCCACAUUCUUCUCGAGCCACAGACGAGCCUCGACUUCGCAGUUAAUUGGGCACAGGGCCACACGCGGAUUUCAAUUGCGCUGCUCAAGCUGCUUUCGGGCGACUGUCUUCGCCAGCUUCCUAUCAAUAGUUCAGCCGAAGCGGCAUCUGCAUCUGCUUCCAACUCAUCGCUGUUAGGCUACGCAGCAAAACGCUUCUCGACACACAUCUCUCGCUGCUCAUCAGAAGAAAAUAGCGUCAUGAAAGAAUUGUGUGCAUUUCUGGAAUCCAACGGCCUCCUAUGGAUCGAACACGUUGCGAGACGUGGCGGUCUACGCGUCAUCUCGCGGACUGCACGGAAUCUGAGCUAUUAUUCGACUCUUCGAGAGAUAGCCAAUCCAACUGAUGGUUCAAUCACUAUCGUCAAACAAUGGGCGACCGAG